AUGCGUGUGGUGCGCUGUGAGCGCUGCCCAAGGGGCUGGGGAUGUCCUCCCUUCGGAGGGGUGCAGUCCAGCUCCCCUGGGGCCCACGGCCAUCACAAGGACAGCGCCGCUUCCCUACCCUGCAGCCGGCCGCGUACGGCUUUGUUGCUGCGCGGCAACUGUGUGGGCCGCCUGUCGGAACAGCCCGGUGACCGCGGAGCCUGCGCCACGACUCGGGGGAACCCUGCGGCCGGUUCGCCUCUGAAGAGGCUGUGGAUCUGCCGAGCCCUCCCGCUCCAGGCCGCCACUCUCACCGAGCUACCCUCCUCAGAACGGGCUCUCCCUUCACGCCUGUGGCUCCUGGCCAAUCGCCAGCGCUGCCCGCCAGGCCCCAGCAGCCCCGUGGCCCGUGGAGGAGGCCGGCUCCUCUCGGCCUCAGGCUAUGGAGUGUUUGGAAGGUGCCAGAAGUUUCCGGUGAUGGACGUGUACCGCUAUGAAGUAUCUCCGGCAGGUCUGCAGCAGCUGACAGCCACCUUGCAGCAGCUUUCCCGCACAGGCUUCUCGUGGCAGGAUGACUAUACCCAGCGUGUAAUGGCCCAGGAGCUCUCGCACCUGCCCAGAACCUACCUGCGGCGACCCGAGGCUGCCCUCCCUGCCAGGAGCUCACAGCCCGGCGUCGACGAUGGAAGGAGGCACGGUCUGGAGGGCGACGCCGCGCUGGCUGAGGCCCUUGAGCGCUACCUGCCGUACCUGGAGGCCCUGUCCCAGGCCGCCGCCCCAGACGCACUCCCCAGGACGAAGCAGGACAGACUGCCAGCUCAGGGUGAGGACCGCGUCGCCGACGGCGUGCGGACCUACGAGGCGCAAACGUCCGCUCUGACCUUCGCCCCCGCCUCCUGGGCCGGGCACCCCGCGGGCGGCGCGCUGCGGACCCCCGGAUGGCUCCCACCGGAUGAGCUCAGCCCCAAGGUGGAUGGCGGGGUGCGCAAGCGGAACCUCGUGGCAGCGCUGGGCGCCUACCUGGCCCUGCAGCCCCCCACGCCUUCUGCGGAUGGCGAGCUCACGCCCCACGACCUCAUGCGCAUGCCCUGGAGGGUGCCCAGGGUCCUGUCGGCGCCUUCGGCCUCCAAGAAAUGGUCUUCGCCUGCAGAAGGCCCCGGAGACCCCGCGGGCCCGCGCGACGGAGCGCUGACUCCGACCCCCCGGAAGGAGCCUGGGAAGCUCCCGCUCGGCGUGGAGAGGCCGCGCCCUAUGGACCUCGAUGCGGUGGCCCGCGUGCUCGCCGAUGCCGUGCACGGUGUGGGGGCGGCCAGACAGUGGCGCGGGCCCGGGAGAGGAGCCGGAGGGAGGCCCAGGGAGCCAGCGGGCAGCUCCGAAGACGGCGGCACCUGGGGCGGAGACAGCCUGCGAGCUAACGGAGUGCAGGACGACGGUGGAGGGGCCGACGAGCAGGUCCACCGUCUGCGCCUCGAGCUCGGGGACGUCCCACAGGACCCCAGGUCUCAGCGCCUGCCUGGGGCCUCCCCUCUCGCGGGGCCCUUCGGAGCGGAGACGAGGAAAGCGGAGGGCGCCGAGGACGCCUGGCCGUGGGAGGAGGAGCGGGCCGGGGUGGAGAACGUGCGGAGCCAGACGUAUUCCAAGGAGCUGCGGGGCCAGGGCGACGGCCUUGGGGGGCGCCAGCCCUGGGCUCCGGGCGCCCUGCAGGUGGACGCGUCCCUGGGGGCAGGCGCUCGGGGGCGCCCGGACGGUGGCCUGCGCCUGGCAGUCACGGCCUCCGAGGAGGAGUACGGCUAUAUCGUGACAGCAGACGACCCCCUGAGCCCGGAGAAGGGGAAGGAGCUGAUGGAGGACGUCGCACACCUCCUGCCGCUGCCGGCGAGCAUCUUUGCGGACGUCGCUGUCCUAGGGCCAGCCGUGACCUUCAGAGUGAGCGCCAAUGUCCAGAACGUGACAACUGCGGAUGUGGCAAAGGCAGCAGUUGACGGCAAGGACAAGCUGGAAAGGUCGUCGGGACUGAGGAUCCUCCAGGCCGGAGUCGGGCCGAAAAGCAAAAUCAAGCUUCUGCCUCAUCAGGCAGCGCAGGAGGACUCCACGAAGUUCGUCGUGCUCACCCUGGUGUCCAUCGCCGCCAUCGUGGGGGUCCUCCUGGCCUCCGGAGCCGUCUACUGCCUGCGUCACAGCUCACGCUCCCGGCUGAAGGAGAAGCUGUCGGGACUGGGGGACCCCGGCCCAGAUGCCACCGCCGCCUACCAGGAGCUGUGCCGGCAGCGCAUGGCCACGCGCCCGUCCGAGCGCCCGGAGGCCCCUCGGGCAUCCCGUGUCAGCAGCGUGUCCUCGCAGCUCAGCGACGGGCCGACGCCCAGCCCCCCUGCACGGGGCAGCACCUCGUCCUGGUCCGAGGAGCCAGCUCCGCCCAGCAUGGACAUCUCCACCGGCCACAUGGUCCUGGCCUACAUGGAGGACCACCUGCAGAACAAGGACCGGCUGCAGAAGGAGUGGGAGGCGCUGUGUGCCUACCAGGCGGAGCCCAACAGCUCGCUCGUGGCCCAGAGGGAGGAGAACGUGCCCAAGAACCGCUGCCCGGCCGUGCUGACCUACGACCACUCCAGGGUCCUGCUGAGACCAGAGGGCAGCCACAGCAGCUCGGACUACAUCAACGCCAGCCCCAUCACGGACCACGACCCCAGGAGCCCGGCGUACAUUGCCACCCAGGGACCUCUGCCCACCACCGUGGCCGACUUCUGGCAGAUGGUGUGGGAGGAGGGCUGCGUGGUGAUCGUCAUGCUGACCCCGCUGUCGGAGAACGGUGUCCGGCAAUGCCACCACUACUGGCCGGAUGAAGGCUCCAGCCUGUACCACAUCUACGAGGUCAACCUGGUGUCCGAGCACAUCUGGUGCGAGGACUUCCUCGUGAGGAGCCUGUACCUGAAGAAUCUGCAGACCGGCGAGACGCGCACCGUGACCCAGUUCCACUUCCUCAGCUGGUAUGACCAGGGCGUGCCCCCCUCCACGAGGCCCCUCCUGGAUUUCCGCAGGAAAGUAAACAAGUGCUACAGGGGCCGCUCUUGUCCAAUAGUUGUUCAUUGCAGGCAAGUACAACCUUUACCGCGGCUUCAGAAGCGUUCGGCCCCCGCAGAGCGACCGCCAGCCCAGAGGUCGAGCCUGCCCGGUGGCGGAAUUGGGCCAGCUCGCUGGCAGCUCCCACGGCCACCGACACACACGGAGGCCUCUGUGCCGUCUGCGCUGGAUCGGGUGACGCCAUUCCAAAUGUGCAUCAUCUCGUGGUCACCGCCCGUGACGGGCGAGGAGGUGGCGCCGGGCGCACAUCGGCACUGCCGCUGCCCGACGCCCACACUGAAGGAGCCGGCGGCCGAUGAGCCCCCUUGUCACGCGGGCCAGACCGAGGAGCGCAGUGUCCUUCCUGGCAAGGGUCCCUCGUCACAGGAGGAGCAGUUCGAGUUCGCGCUGACGGCGGUGGCUGAGGAGGUGAACGCCAUCCUGCAGGCCCUGCCCCAGUGAGCCCGGCGGCCGAGGACGCUGCUGGGGCCACCCCCUCGCCGUGUCCCCUGGCGCAUCCGCCUGGCCGUGGGGCCCUCGCUCCCGCGGUCGCCGUGGAUCAGCAGUUACGAUGUGUGUUUUGUUCGACCCAGUGGUAGCAAGGUCUGUGGACACCCCGAGUCCGGGCUCCUCCCCGUCACGUUCCUGACAGCAAAGACGCGUUUUCCCUCAGCGCCCGCCACGCUGUGCUGCCCCGGCGUGUUCAUGACCCGCGCCUCCCCCGGGCAGCAGCCAGCGCGGCCCUCGCCGGGACACGGGCGUGCUCGGGAGUUUGGACAGAGCUGCUGAUAUUGUGCAGCUUUGGGAAGGGAGACUGUCACCGCAGCAUCCCCACUCGUCCCUACUCGGGCUGCCCCCCCCCAGCACAGUGGGGAGCCCAUCUCAACCGGCCACCCCGGGCGACGUCACCUCGGCAGGCUGCAGGCGAGCCCCAUCCUCAAGUUGGUUUCUUAACUGUAAAAGCAGAUUCGCACGUUGCAGGAAGAGAUGAGGGCUUUCCCACGGGGUAACCAAAAUCGGGGGAACCCGUCGGGCCCCCCGUCCCUCUCGGGGACAUCUGGGCCCACCGGCACGCGGAGGCACCACAGGUGCCGUCACCCCAUUGCUGGGAAAGGGAGCGCAGGGAGGCCCCGUCUUUCAUCUCCGUGGGACCACAGCAGCUGAGAUGAAGUGGGGACACAGUGAGGGCCCCUCCCAGGGCGUCCGCCCCCGGGCCCGGGUGGGCACUGGUCUGGCGUCACACGGACACAGAAGCUGGAGGAGCUGGAUUUGCCAAAACGACACGGGCGUCAGGUGCGCCCCUCCCCCGGACGCAGAGAAUCCCCGCCUCAGACGGCAGGGGACAAAGGACAUCUCGGUACCUUUUCCGUCCUGCUGUAUUGCACACCAUUCUUUCCCUCUUAAAUAACUGUCACAUCUCAAAACCCAGUAGCAUAGGGAACGUGGCCGGCGGAACGGGAGAAAGACACCAAAUGCUGCGUCUUUAAACGGAGCCGCCACGUGUGUCUGCUUCGAUGUCGCUAGUUCCUCCCAAAGUUGUUUCUCUUUAUCUGUAACCGAAAUAAUCAAUAGAGACGAAUUUACCUGCGUGUAGGAAGCCUAUACCUACGUGUAACUUCCAGCUUCUUACGUUUCCAAAGAAGUGCUCCAGCCUGAGACGCAUAAAUACACGUAAUUGUGCUGAUUAAA